AUGGAUGUAUAAAUAUUGUGUAAUGCCAUUCUCUUUAUGCUCACUCUACUAGUGAUCAAUGAAAUCUUAACCAAUUAUUCGAUGAAUAAUCAAUACCUCAAAAAAUACUUAAAUAAUACUAUUAUUACUGCUAUGAUAGGUAUUGCUGCAGGUUUAUUUCUAUUAUCUCUUGACAAAUCUUCACUUUUGUAAGAAUAUAAACAAGGAUUCAGUCAAUUCUUUCUCAUUGUUUUAUUACCACCUAUACUAUUUGAAAGUGCAAUCAAUAUGGAAAAAGCACUGUUUUUUUAAAAUUUUGGUAGUAUUGUGAUGUAUGCUGUAAUUGGAACCAUAAUUGCAGUAUUUGUCACUACAUUUUCCUUAUAUAUCGUAGGAUUACUGAUUAAUGUAUGCAUUUCAAAUAAGUCAAUUUUAGAAAUUAUCCUUAACUGGCUGUUAUGCUUUUGGAUCUUUAAUAUCCUCCACUGAUCCAGUUGCUGUCUUGUCUAUUUUUAAAAAGUUAAAUGCAGAUAAAUAAAUUCAUAUUCUUAUAUAUGGUGAAAGCAUCAUAAAUGAUGCUAUUUCUCUUUUGUUAUAUGAGUAAAUAAUAAAAUAAGUAAAUUAGAAUAUCUGAAAGAAUUUGGAAUUAAGAAGUUGUUGGAUUUGAAGAUGCAAUAGAACAAUUUUUGUUAAUAUUUUUUGUAUCAAUAGCUAUUGGUGUAAUAAUAGGAGCUUUAUGUGCAUAUGUAUAUUAUGUGAAAUAAAUGUUUUAGAUAUUGAAAGUGAAAGAGGAAGUUUCAUAUGAGACAGAACACAUAGAGGUUUCAGUAACUGUAAUUAUUCCAUGGGUUUGUUAUUUGAUUUCUGAGGCAGUUGGUUUUUCUGGAAUAGUGAGUAUAGUAUUUUGUGGGAUUGUAAUGGCUAAAUAUGCUUUACCUAAUUUAUCUGAAAGUGGAAAUUAAGUAUAUAUAUAAAAAUUACUAUUUUUAGUUAUUAAAUAAAUUCUAUCAUAUAUUAUCAUACAAUUUUGAAAAUUUAGUAUUCUUAUUUAUAGGGAUAGGAAUGGUUGGUUAUGAUUUAGCUUGGAAUGAGAUGGGAAUAAUUUUAGCAAUAUCAAUUAUAUUUAUAGUAAUAUUAGCUAGAUUUAUUAAUAUAAAAAUAAACAGUUUCAUACUUAAUAGAUAUCGACAUGCAAAUUUCAUAAAAUCAAAUCAUUAAAAAGCAAUGUGGUUUUGUGGAUUAAGAGGAGCAAUGGCCUAUGCUUUAGCUUUAGAUGCAGCUGAUACUUUUAAAGGAGAAGGAGAAAUUAUGCUUACAAUGACAAUAGUAAUAAUUGCAUUAAAUGUAAACAAUUUUUUAAUGAAAUUAUCUGUUAGAUUUUUGUAUAAGGUUCAACAUUACAAUAUGUUUUAUAAUCAUGUGAUAUCCAAGAUAAAUCAAAAGUAUUUUCAAGUGAUUAAAUCUUAAGGAUAAUUAAUGUGAAAUUGCUAAUUUAACAAUAGUACACCAAAAAGGAUGGGCACAUUAAAUGAAAGAUUGUUUAGAAAAAUGCGAUGAGAAAGUUUUUUAGGAAUUUUUAGUCAAGAAGUAAUUGAUUAUAUUUGAUUGGAUAGGCGAGAACUCAUUCCAGUAAUACAAGCUGAAUCACAAUGA